GCGCCGCCGGGGCUGCCGCCGGGCCCCGCGCCCUGGCCGCUCGUGGGCAACUUCGCCUUCGCGCUGCUGCCGCCGCUGCUGCGGCGCUGGGUGCCCGAGGUGUGGGGCGGCCGCGGGGGCAAGGGCUGCCCCGUCCUGUCGCCCCACGUCUUCCUCACGGGCCUGCGCGACACGUACGGCGGCGUCUUCCGCCUGUUCGUGGGCAGCCGCCCGCUCAUCGUGCUCAACACGUUCGAGGCGGUGCGCGAGGCGCUCGUGCUCAAGGCGGAGGCGUUCAGCGACCGGCCCUCCGUGCCCAUCGUGCUCAUGAUCACCCGCAAGAAAGGUGUUAUUUUUGCACCUUAUGGCCCUGUCUGGAAGCAGCAGAGGAAAUUCUCUCUCUCAACGCUUCGUCACUUUGGAGUAGGAAGACAUAGUUUAGAACCGAAAAUCAUCGAUGAGUUGAAGUUCAUAAAGGAAGAAAUACUUAAGCAUGGCAAGGAUCCAUUUAAUCCCUUUCCGAUUAUUCGCAACGCAGUGUCCAACGUUAUCUGUUCCAUGACUUUUGGAAAGCGUUUUGACUACGAAGACACAGAGUUCAAGACCAUGCUGAAGAACAUGGCGCGGGCACUGGAGCUAAGUGUCAACAGCUCCAUGAUGCUGGUCAAUAUCUGCCCCUGGCUGUACUACCUCCCCUUCGGACCUUUCAGGGAACUUAGGCAAACAGAAUUAGAUAUUACUGCUUUUCUCAAGAAAAUAAUUGCGCAGCACAGGGAUACACUGGAUGUGGCAAAUCCCAGGGACUUCAUUGAUAUGUAUUUCCUCCAUGCGGAAGAAGAGAAGAAUAAGGAGAGCAGUUUUAAUGAAGAAUACUUGUUUUUUAUCAUUGGUGACCUCUUCAUUGCAGGCACAGACACCACUUCCAAUACACUGUUGUGGUGCCUACUGUAUAUGUCUCUCUACCCAGAAGUACAAGAGAAGGUUCAUGCAGAAAUUGAAGCAGUUCUAGGACGUGGCAAAGUUCCCUCUCUUACCCACAAGGCUCAAAUGCCCUUCACAGAGGCAACCAUUAUGGAAGUACAAAGGAUGACUGCAGUUGUUCCUCUUUCUAUCCCUCGAAUGGCCUCAGAAACCGCUGUGCUUCAAGGAUAUAUUAUUCCUAAGGGCAGCGUGAUUGUGCCCAACUUGUGGUCAGUACAYAGAGAUCCUAAUAUCUGGGAGAAACCAGAUGAUUUCCGACCAACAAGAUUUCUGGAUGAAAAUGGCCAGCUAAUUAAGAAAGAGACCUUCAUUCCUUUUGGAAUGGGUAAACGUGUGUGCAUGGGAGAGCAGUUGGCAAAAAUGGAGCUGUUCUUAAUUUUUGCAAGUCUCAUGCAAAGUUUCACAUUUUUAUACCCUGAAAAUGCUACAAAACCAUCCAUGGAGGGAAGGUUUGGUCUAACUUUAGCUCCAUGUCCAUUCAAACUAAUAGCUUUGAAGAGAUGAUAUAACAUCCAAAAAGAUUAAAUGAAGAAAUCCUGCACUUUAUUCCAGCUUUAUUUUGUUUCCAGCAUAUUGUGCUACUUCCUUUUCAGAAAAAUACCAMCUGCACAGACUUUCAUAAUUAGUGACAGUGCUCCUUCCUACUUCUGGAAAGGGAAGAUUUUUGUUGUGUCAGCUAUUGCAUUCUGCAGACGAACUGACAGCACUGUAGUUUGUAAUCUGAUCCUGAAAUUUGCUUGCACUCAGGUUCUGCCCGCRUGGGCAGCGAGGACACAACUGCUGCGUUGUCCUGGUUGGCUUUGAGAACUGGAAUCUCAUUUCCAGUACGGCAGCACAGGCACCGCAGAUGUAGCUCGUAAGGAUUUAGGCAUGGGAAUGAGGAAUCUGACAAACUUGAGGCUUGACUCUCUCUGUUAUCUUGUGUAUGGAGAAAAAAGAUCUACAGUUGGUAUAUCACUAUCUCACUCUUUCCUCGUGUAGUUUUAGUGCUAUUUAGCAGUAUUAACUAAUCACAGGGGAAGCCUUUUGUUAAGUAUUGCUGAAGGGAACACUUGCUCUGCAUAAGCUUGCCAUUUAUUUGAAGAACUCUCAAAUGUCUAAUCUUCUGGGCAUCAGGCCCUUUAAGUAAUACAAUUAAAUUAACCUUUAAGUAAUUAAUCAUCUUUAAAUCUCUAUACGUCUCUUUGAUUUAGCAGAACUUCAGAGGAAAUAAAUCCAUAUAUUCCUCUCUUAAGAAUUUCUCUUUAAAGAAAGUUGCAUUUCUUCCUUUUUUUCCCCAUUGGGAUCUAGGCAGUGCUAGCUGUGUCUUGCUCCUGAUGUUAAAGUUACAAGAUUGUAAUGUGAAAAUGGCUGCAGAAUGAAAUUAGGGAGUCUGUAGCAGAAACCAAACCUUAAUUCUAGCAGAAAAUUCAACUCCUAAAAUUGAAAUUACCUCUUUUUAUCACUCUUUCACUUGAAGCCUUAAAAAACAAGUAUUACUGCAAAGACUGCAGAACAGUUGCUUUAGGUAUAAAGUUUUCUGUUUGUUCUUUGUGGCUAAAUUUCUGAAUGAUGUAUUUGGUUGGUGAGGUACCAUACAGUUGUGUAAGAGUUCCAGUGCUUAUGAAAGCUCACCUUUUGCCUCCAUAGGCUAUAUGUGCUUGUGUUCAAUACCUGUGCAAAAUUUUGAAGACCCCAUGGCAUUAAUAAAAAGUAAAGUUAGUACCAAAUCUGUCCUAAUGCUAGGCUUUGAUAAAAGCUGACAGCUUGGAAUACGUAUUUAUUCCUUAAUAUUUUACAGGGAAUAAGUAGCUUCUAUAGUUUGAUUUUUUUGCCUGUACCUCUUUAAAAUGGUAAUGCAUAAUUGCAAUGCUAGAAUUAUAUAUUGAUAAUAUUUAUCUUUUUUUAAAAUGUCUUUUUAAGCAGUGUAAUGAUCUUGAUGUGCAAUUGAUUAUAUAUAUAAAAUACAUGUCCUUUUUAAUCAGUGAGGACACAUUUUAAAAGCACUUUAGUUUUUUUUUCAGGUUCCAAGGAAGAGACAAUUCAUAUAAUCUAGUCUGUGAAAUGGCAUGAUAUUUGCACUUGUUUUGCCUACUGAAUUUAGUUUAAAUGACCUUUGACCCUAUCUUUCUACAAAUGCUAUCUUCAGAGUGCAGUUUUUGCAGUAGGUGAUACCUACAAUGAAGUGCUGCAUAGUGUGGCAGGCUGCGAAUGCUGAUGUGAAGGUGCGUUCGUGUUAAGGUCUGCCGGGAUGCAAGGUGCUACUGCAAAUGACAAAAGAAAAAAAGUUAUGUUCUGGAUGUGCUGAACUUUUCACAGCAGGAUGCCACGAAAGUGUCUAAACUGUAGGAUAAAAACAGCAAAAUAUUUCUGGUUGUAAAAAUGUGCAGCCAUUUUUGGUAGACCUGUAAGUGAAGUGGYGAAAGGUAUGGUUUUGUGUUGUAAACAUACC